AGUGGCAUUGCUCAGAUCCCUGAAUCUCGCCCCCAUUCCCCUCCCCUCCCUGCUUUUAUAGGGCUGACAGCAGCCACUGCAUUUAAAGAGAGCAGGAAUCCCUUGUGUUCAAACCCUUGGAGGCCCAACAAACCGGGGAGAAACACCGAGCAACUCCGAUCCAAGGAUGCCCAACUGGGGAGGUGGAGCCAAAUGCGGUGCCUGCGAGAAGACGGUGUACCAUGCCGAGGAAAUCCAGUGCAAUGGAAGGAGCUUCCACAAGACAUGCUUCCUCUGCAUGGCUUGCAGGAAGGCCCUGGACAGCACCACGGUGGCAGCUCACGAGUCAGAAAUUUACUGCAAAACUUGUUAUGGGAGGAAAUACGGCCCCAAAGGGAUCGGCUUCGGCCAAGGGGCUGGAUGUCUCAGCACCGACACCGGUGACCACCUGGGCCUGAAUCUGCAACAGGGUUCACCAAAGUCUGCUCGUCCUUCGACACCAACUAACCCUUCAAAGUUUGCCAAGAAGAUGGUAGAUGUGGAUAAAUGUCCCCGCUGUGGCAAAUCAGUGUACGCUGCGGAGAAGAUCAUGGGAGGAGGAAAACCUUGGCAUAAGACGUGCUUCCGCUGUGCUAUUUGUGGGAAGAGUUUAGAAUCUACAAACGUUACGGACAAAGAUGGAGAGCUCUACUGUAAAGUUUGCUAUGCAAAAAAUUUCGGUCCCAAAGGAAUUGGGUUCGGUGGCCUCACUCAAGUGGAAAAGAAAGAGUGUGAAUGAGAAGAAAUGGAUGCGAUGGGCUCAAACUGCUCUUGAAGCCACCAAGUGAUAGCUGUCAAGUAAAACAUUAAACAUCACAUAUUGCUAAGAACCUAUUCAAUAUUUUCCACCUUCCAGGAAAAAAAAACUUGUGAGCUUACAUCUUAAGAAAUUCUUAGAAUAGCUUAAAAAGGUACAGUGAUAUUAAUGAAACUAGAUCAAAUGAAACUAGAUUCAUGUUUGUUGUACAGUAAAUAAGGCCAAAAAUCCUCAUGGAACACUACUGCUUCUUAAACUAGUAUUUACCACAUUUUAGACUAGAAUUUUAGACUCAGCUUACUGUCCUGUUAAGAUAGAGAUACCUUAAGGAGUGUUCUGAUUUAAGCUGUAUUUUCCUUUGUUCCAAAUGUUGUGUAAUGUCUGUAUUUCUAUCCAUCUCCUAGUGGUGUUUUGAACAUGUUGGCAUUAUUUCUGUUAUGGUAAAACAGAUGUUAUUCAUUUUGAGACAAUUAAAAAGGAUUUGAAAUUCUCUCUCUCAAAGGGAGGUAUUUCUGAGGAAAAACAAUGGUGUUGUAGAAUACAGUGUUGUAAGUUUUGUUAUUGUAUCUUUUCAAGCUACAAUAAAGUACUGAUAUUGCCUCACUUUA